AUGAACUCUCUUCGCACUUCUUCACGGGCCUUGAGGGCUUCUCGAAAUGCCUGGUCGCCGGUAACUCCGUCGCAUAUCCGAUACUUCCACCCGACCAAACCAGCUCCCAACCUCAUCAAUGUCGCAUUGGAUGCCUCCGCUGGCCUGAUCCAUGGUGUACACAAUGUCACAUAUCUUCCAUGGGUCGUCUCCAUUCCCCUUACAGCGGUUAUUGUCCGAACCGCCAUCGGAUUACCACUACAAUUCUUUACACGGAUCAACGCACGCCGCGAAAGAGAUAUAGCGCCCUUAAUGCAUUCCACCAGAGUGAUGCUGGAGAAAAUGAGGAAACGCCGUAAUGUGGGCCCACGUGAAUGGAUGAAGGUAGUGCGAAAGGAGAAUGAAGAUAUGCGGGAAAGAUGGGGAGUAAAUUCCUGGUAUAAACUGGUAAACUUCGCCCAGGUCCCCGUCUGGAUAUCGCUUAUGGAAAGUCUCCGUGGAAUGUGUGGGAAUACAAACGGCCUGGUACCCUGGUUGCUCUCGUUGAUCGAACCAGCCAAGGACACAGCAGGAGAAGCCGUCCAGUCCCUCCAUUUAACGGUGGAACCAUCACUUGCCAAUGAAGGCGCACUUUGGUUCCCUGAUCUGCUGGCCGGUGACCCGACAGGAGCAUUGCCUGUUCUUCUAACAGCAUCCAUUCUGCUGAAUGUGAAUAUGGGGUGGAAAUCCGCUUCUAGACUGGAGAUGUCUGAGAUGCCGAAGCUCCAGAUGUAUCAAACGAUCUUUUUCUCGGGUCUGCGAGUGUUUAUUCAGGUCCUUGCUGUCAAUGUUGGAUUCUCGGGAUGGUUUUAUGAGAUGCCUACUGCACUCAUGAUCUAUUGGAUUACCAGUACCAAUGUUGCGACUCUGCAAACUUGGUUACUGGAAAAAUACAUGUUUUCAAGGCCGCCGAUUCCGGCCUACAAGGCUCAGCACUUGAAGUACCAAAAUGCUGGGGAUCCUUUCAGAUUGAAGCUGAAGACUCGUUGA